GCAAGCGCAUUUCGCAGGCGGCCCGUAGGAGAGUCCGUAUUUCGGCGUCAUACAGGAUUAAAGGUCGCGAGCGCCUCUCUCCUUUGUUCCGGCGUCACCGUUCUUAGGAACAUCCUAAGAUGUUGACUUCGGUUCUUCCACACCAGGUCUCGCGAGUGUCCUAAAUGGGCCCUGAAAGGGAAAGAGUUGCACGCUCGGCCGCUCCACCUUCCCGCGUGUGCCGUGCUCUCUCUCUCUCUCUCUGAGCCUGGUCCGUGCGUGGCAUCUGGAGAAUGUCCGCCCCGUUUGAGGAACGUAGUGGGGUGGUUCCGUGCGGGACGCCAUGGGGCCAGUGGUACCAGACCCUGGAGGUGGUGUUCAUUGAAGUCCAGGUGCCCCCGGGCACACGCGCGCAGGACAUCCAGUGCGACCUGCAGAGCCGGCAUGUGGCUCUAGCCGUGGGUGGCCGCGAGAUCCUCAAGGGAAAGUUGUUUGAUUCUACAAUUGCUGAUGAAGGAACAUGGACUUUGGAGGAUAGAAAAAUGGUCCGUAUUGUUCUGACAAAGACCAAGAGAGAUGCUGCAAACUGUUGGACUUCCCUUCUAGAAUCUGAAUAUGCAGCUGAUCCCUGGGUGCAAGACCAAAUGCAGAGAAAACUUACAUUAGAGCGAUUCCAGAAAGAAAAUCCUGGUUUUGACUUCAGUGGAGCAGAAAUCUCAGGGAACUACACAAAGGGUGGACCAGACUUCUCAAACCUUGAGAAAUGACUGCUAUUCUUUAGUUUUGUUCUGUCUUGCGGAUCCCAGCAGAUGCUGGUAACUUAAUGCAGCAAGUGAUAUGAAGGAUGAAAAAUAUGGAUGUCUACAGUUAACAUAUUGCAAAUGUAUUUCAGCAUGGUUCUUAAAGAUUACAUUCAGAUAUGUUUUACAUAGAAGGUGUAGCAGCUGUCCUGUGGAUGGAUGGUAACUUUUAUUGCUCUGCAUUAAGUUUUAUGUACUACAUUUUCCUAAUUUCAUAUUUAAUUGUGUUUUUUACUACAAAAGCAUUGGAGUACAAAUCAUAUGAAAUGAAAAAGUGCCUUCAGGGAUUUUGUGUGUGUGUGUGUGUGUGUGUGUGUGAUGCAGGAAUAAUGUUCACUAAACUUCUGAGUAAGAAUUAUGCACCCCUUUGUCCAUACAAGGAAAGUACAGUGCUGGACAAACUUUAAGAAAGGAAAUAGGUAUACAGAAGAGCUUUGGAUAGUUUGAGUUAGUAAAAAACUAACUGGUGUGAUGCUGCCUAAGUGAUUAUGUCAAGAAACUGAAAAACAGUAAAGCCCUAUCAAUGAAAGAGUUAAUAAACUGUUAGUGUCUGAAAUCAAAUUUAGGUCCCUCAGUGUAAGCCAGUGGCUUCAUUUAACUUUAAUGGUUCAGACAGAAAGAGGAUUAUCUAGAAGAAAUUGCUUUUAUCCUGUUUGUGUUUUUUAAUUUUUUUUAAAAAUAAUCUGAAAUGUGUAGAAAGCUUAUAAGUGAAGUAUUAACAGUUUAAGAAUCUUGUACUAUUUUCUAAUAAAUUGACAUGAUGCUGUCACCGCUA